CCCUAGAUCGACAUCAGUUUUAUUCCACCAUCUGUCUAGGAAAGAUGUCUUCCAACAAGUGCACCAUCGUCUUCGUCCUCGCUUGCUGUCUGCUGGCUCUGGCGUCUGCCUAUCCCCAGCCGGAACCCGAGGAGUAUCUGCCCCUGGUGCGCCAUGUGCGCUCUCCCGAAGGUGGUUCAGUGGUUUUCGAGGCAGGCAAGGAUGCGCAGAGAGGGCGCGAGGCCAGCGUGCAGUACAAUCACAAUCUGUACACCAGUCGCGAUGGGCGUGGCAGUGUCGAUGCCCAGGCCCAUGCAAGCCGCAACUUUGAUUACAAUCGCAACGACUAUGGCGGCGGCAUUCAGGCAUCCUGGAAGUUCUAAGCAAGGAUUGCAUUUAGAAUAAAGACAAGUUAAAUUAUACAAUCAAAUAAUUCCA